GGCCGCGCUACCCGGAAGCGGAGGGCGGACCUCGUGGGGCGCUGCAGCCAUGGCGGAGCGUAUCGAGCAGCGCUUGGAGGAGCGCAUCCCCGAGCUGGAGCAGCUGGAGCGGGUCGGGCUCUUCACCCGCCCCGAGAUCAAGGCUGUCAUUAAGAAAGCCUCGGCUCUAGAAUACAAAAUACAGAGAAGAGCCCUUCACAAGGAAGACUUCAUCGAUUAUAUUCAGUAUGAAAUUAAUUUGUUGGAACUUAUCAAGAAAAGAAGAUCGCGCAUUGGAUAUUCAUUUAAGAAAGAUGAAAUAGAGUACUCUAUUGUGCAGAGAAUACAAGGCCUCUUCAAGCGUGCCACAGGAAAGUGGAAGGAGGAUGUCCAGCUGUGGUUGUCACAUGUUGCUUUCUGCAAGAAGUGGAAUAUGAAAUUUCAGCUUAGCAAGGUUUUCUCUGCCAUGUUAGCCAUUCAUCCAAACAAGCCAGCACUGUGGAUUAUGGCUGCAAAAUGGGAAAUGGAGGAACGCCUGUCAUCAGAAAGUGCCCGGCACUUGUUCCUUCGUGCAUUGCGCUUCCAUCCAGAAUGUCCGAAACUCUAUCAGGAAUAUUUCAGAAUGGAACUGAUGCAUGCUGAAAAGCAGAGAAAAGAAAAGAAAGAGUUUGAACAAGCAAAGAUGGACUUGGAGGUGUUCAAUUAUUCUGAGGAGAUUCUUCACGGGGAACUGGCUCGAAUAGUCUACAGGGAUGCCAUUCAGAAAAUCCAGGGUGCUGAGUUUCAUCUUUCUCUGCUUUUUAUUGCAAAGCUCUUUGAUUUUACCGUGGACUUGCAAAAAGAAAUUCUUGAGAAAUUGCAGGCUGAACAUGCUGAUGACCCUCUUACAUGGGACUACUUGGCACGGCAGGAGCUGGAGUUAGGGUCUCUGCCAUCCUCACAACAUUCAUCUAAACAGACAAAGGCAUCUGAGGUGGCUCAGAAGGAGGAACGGUGCUGUGCAGUCUUUGAUGAAGCUGUGACCUCACUCCCCACUGAGCCCAUGUGGAAAUGCUAUGUCACUUUUUGCCUGGAGAGAUAUAACCGGAAAACCAAUAGCGAAGCAUUAAGACAGAAGAGACUGGAAAGGAUGUUGAGCGUGUUCAGCAGAGCCCACGAAUCUAACUUGCUGCCAGAGGAGUUGUAUAAACAGUGGCUUCAGCUGUUACUGGAGCUCAACCUUUCUGAGAGGGCCACAGAGGUUGCCGCAGGUGCAACCAAACGGUUCGGUCCCUCAGUGGAUAUGUGGCAAACUAGACUGCAAGUACUAAUUCAGCUGAACAGUGACUGUGUGGCCGAGUGUUUUGAAGAAGCCUUCAAGCAAGUGAAAUCUAAGGACAGCUUAUCUUUAUGGACUCUGUGGGUAGAGUGGAGUGAAGGCGCAAACAGCAAAGAGGACACAGAAGCCCUCUACCAGCAAAGAACAUGCGUGUUUAACUUGCAGAGAUCCUUACUUAUUGCUGUGCCAGCUGUCUCUGUAACCAUGAAAGAGAAGUACCUUGACUGGGCCUACAGGACUGGCGGGUAUAAGAAAGCAAAGAAAGUCUUUACCAGCCUACAUGAGAAUCGUCCCUUUUCACGUGAGUUCUUCAAGCGGAUGAUCCAAAUAGAAAAAGAGCAAGAAUCUUGCAAGAUGUCUAAUCUGAGAGAGUACUAUGAACGCGCUUUGAGAGAGUUUGGUUCUGCAGAUUCUGAUCUCUGGCUCGAUUACAUCAAAGAAGAGCUAAGUCAUCCCCAAGGCAAGCCAGAAAACUGUGGGAACAUUCACUGGAGAGCUAUGAAGAUGUUGCAGGGAGAACUAGUAGAAAACUUUGUUUCCAAAUACACUUUGCUACAAACCGGACACUCAUGAAAAAUGUAGAUUUUUUUUUUUCCCACAUUUUUGAGAUGAACGACAUUGGAGAAUUACUAGAGUUGUUUUGUUUGUUCCAUUUUUUUACAAGACUUUAAGAGUAAACAUAUUCCUGAACCACACUAACAUGUUCAUACUUUAUUUUCACAUAUAUUGGAAUUUCUUUUUUGGUUGUAACCUACAGUUACUAAAAAUGUUACCCAUCUCAGCGGCAAGGUACCAGUGAAUGGGUCAAAAUCAUAAUUACAAGAGGAGGAGAAAUAUUGGUAAACAGGUGCACCUUUCUAUCAGAAUGUUAAUUACAGAGAACUUUGAAAGCAGAUUUUGCUUAUAGUCUUAAGCUCUUUUGCAUUAAAUAGUGGUCAUAUGUCACAUUUAAAACUUACAAAAUUUCAUAUUAAAAUACAAAUUGGUGCAAAGAAACCUCGUUCCAGUAGAGACCUAACUUGGUAUCUUGUCCUAAUAGUGCAGCGUCUUAAGAAAAAAGAUUCCAAAAGCGAAGAAGGGUUUGGUACUAGAGUCUCUUUAAGCCUAGCAGUUCUUAGCCUUUUUAGCCUCAUGGCAUCCCUCCAUAACUCUUGGGACUUGCACAGCGCACAGUUGAGAAUCACUGAGCUACAAUCUAAAUUCAGAAAAGAGAUGAGGGGAAAAGGUUAAGAGUCAUUGAUCUAGCUGGUGUCAGGUGACAACAUUGGGAGCAGAUCUAACCCUGCCAUGCCCUGCUUUUUCCACUGUCUGCCUGCCCCCGCCCCCCUGCCCUCUCCUUCCAGUCUGUACUUGAGGGGGUAAGGGUAGCUCCCAUUGCUGAAACUGCUCCUGUGGGGUCUUGCAUGCCAGAAAAUGUCUCCACGGCUCCUCUCACUGGGCUCAGGAGUGUGGGAGGAGCAGAGGGGACAGGACAGGCUACGAAGUAUGGCUCUGGCCUCAUGUCUGCCCCCUCGCCCAUAGCAGAGUGCUCUGCUGGCAGUGUGGGGGUAUAUGUAAUGGUGCAGGAAUAUUGGACAUUGAUUAGUAAUAAGACUAUCCCAAGGACAUUGUGCUGAGGGUUGGAAACUGUUGCCUUAGCAUUGGAUUUGCUCCUGUGGUGUGUGUGCGUGUGUCGUUUUUUUUUUUUUUAACUUUGUUCUGGCGUGAUAAGCUGCUUGCUGACUUCUGAAGGAUUACUUGUGGGGAUAUACUGUUUAGGACAGGUCUACUGGAAGUCAUUUUAAUCAGUCCUUAGUUUCAAUAUAACUGAUUUGGAUUGUCAACAAUUCUUUGCAAUAUUUCUUCUAACUGGUCUUAGGAUAUCGUUUUCAGCACUAAAUUCAACUCCUCUGAAUUCCCUCAACACAAUUCUACUGUCAGUGUUCUUCCAGCAGCAUUUUUCUUCUUUUAAAGCUUUUCUUUCCAGCACAAGUGUUGAAAUGUUGUGCAGUAAUUGGUUUUCUUUGGUCGCUGCAAGUAUGCUAGGAAGUAACAUUUGAUGCGACUACAACAUGAUUAAAAGUAGAGCUGCUAAAAUGAUCAAGAUGUUAUGAUUUAAGAUCAGAGGUGUAGGUUGUAGCUGUACCCAAAGAACCUUGCCUGCCUGUGAUUUAAGAUCAGCAUUUUAUUUCUUUCCUUUUGGAUGAUACCACAAAAAGGCUGCAAGAAGUAAAUUUCCCCAACCAGUGAUCCAUUCCCAUCAAUGGCCUAUAAAAGAAAAUGAUUUGCUUCUUGAUACCAUUCCCCUAUACUAAAAUGUUUCUUUCAUUUUAGGCGAUCUUAUUACAUCCAAAGUUACAGCCCAUCUACUAGAAUUCAAUAAACCAUGCUAGUAUUUUAGCUGAAAUUCCUUUAUAAAAUCUGAAGGCUGGUAGUAAUUAUAUCAUUACUUUUAAUUGUGCUUCUGAACAUUACAACAGACGCUAACUAUAUACUAGCCAGCAUUGCUACAGCAUUUAUGAAAUCAUUUUGCCCACAAAGUAAAUAGCUACAAGUAUUUGAUCAGAAUACUUUCAACUGGUUUAGCAAGGGGGAGAAAUAAUCUGGCUGCCUUCAGCAGAUGCAGCAAGUCUCUCUCUCCUUAGUUUCUCUUAUUCCCUUUGCUUUCCAACUACAUCAUCUACUUAUAGGAUACCUGCUUUUCAGAAACUGAUCAAAACUUUUAGCUAAAAGCUUUAACUCAGGUGUAGAAAUAUCAACUCGGGUGUGGAAAUCACUUUCAAUGAAGCAUUAGAGACACUAUCCAGAUGCUCAAGAAGGUUUGAUUCUGUUUUCUGAAUCUGAGACAUGUACAUUUAACUAUAACAACUCCAGGAUGAAUUAAACAAAUCUUUGGAUUAUUUU